AUGUACAAUGAAACCUCGCUAUCCACCGCUGAAGCCCGGCGGCUUAAGAAGCGAGAGCUAGAUCGCAAAGCUCAGAGGUUAGCUCGUCAAAGGACAAAAAGCAGAAUUGCGCAGCUGGAAAGAACGGUGGACCAGCUACGACAAAGCGACUCAAAUGCUCAGGUGCAUACAUUAAUUGACGAGUUGGAGAAAGUGACAAAGGAGAGGGACAAUUUAUUACAAGUACUCGACUUUCUGGGUUCAACCAUCCGUAGUCAUCUUGGUGACUCAAACACUAGCGCGGCAUCAACCAACGAAGCUUCGUCGCACACCACACCGAGAGCUGAUGGACCAGAAGAACCGAGUAGCUCCACGGCCCCAAUUGAUGCUGCUUCAGGGACUAAUGGCUCUUCAGUCAUGGAAUUCCCAUUGGACACACCGUUAACUAAUCCCUUCGCUUACAACAGCUGGAUGUAUCCCGUCAGCAACGGUCCAUAUUCGACCUCCAUGGCCUUUGACAACCCUAUCCUUCCAUCAUCUGGUCACGUCUUUAUGAACAUUCAACCUCUUCUACCAACCCUUCCAACUCCCGCCCACGAAGACGACGAUGCUAUAGUCCCCAAAGCUGCAGUAUUGUGUCACUGCUCGAGCCCCACGAACUGCGCGUCCAGCUACCACGGCGUGAAGCCCAAUAUUCGGCGUGCAAUUAACGAAACACAUAAGUACAAUCGCAGUACUUGUGACUGGUCAACUAUCGAUUGA